UAUAGAUCGUUCGCUUUAUUUUUUACGACUCUGUUAUCAAAUAUCAAUACCGACAGAAACAUAGGUUUUGUGAUUAUACUUUUGUUUAUAAGGUCUUUUCUGUAUGAUGUUAUCAAUCUCUAAAGGGGUUGUUCUGGCUUAUUUUGCAGAUUCUACAUGCACUCAAAGCACAUUCAAACUAUCCACAUUUGUACGUCCCUUUUCUUGAGUAUGCUAGAAAAGCUAGUGACGGUUGUUCGCUGAAUAACCCCACUUUUGUGCGAAAAUCACCUCACAAGACCCAUCAACCUCUCAGGGCCUGUCUCGGCUGACGGGGCUCAGGGAGGCGACUUUUGGUCUUUGACGCCAAAGGUCGGAUUUUCGCUCUUUUUGGCGGUGGCCUUCCUUUUUGAAAACGAAAGUAGCAAGCUGCAGAGAUGACGAAGUGAGCUCGAAAAAAGUACUAAUUGAAAUGCAUCUCACCAACGUUUUAGUCGGCAACGCGGAAGUCUGAGUCCCGCUUCGUCCCAUUACAACAGCGUCGAUUCAUAGCGAACAAAGCAAGGCAAGAGAAGUCUAGGGCUUUUAGAAGAUGGACGAAUCAGAUAACAGAUAGGAUGAGUAGCUUGGCCUUCAUGCCUAGUUCGCUGAUGGUAAUUCAGACGUCUCGCUUUCACACAAGUUCGGCAUGUCGGAAUAAAAAAGAUUACUAUGAAAUUUUGGGUCUUAGUCGAAAUGCCUCUAAAGAUGAGAUUAAGAAGGCAUACAGAAAGUUAGCGAUGAAAUACCAUCCGGAUAGAAACUCCGAUCCCUCUUCUCAGGAAAAGUUUAAGCUUAUAUCAGAGGCCUAUUCCGUGCUAAGCGAUGAUAAAAAACGCCAAAUCUAUAACCAAUUUGGCGAAGAGGGAGUGAGUGGAUUUGGCUCUGCCGGCCCGAUGGGCGGCAUGUCACCUGAAGAGAUAUUUGCCCAGAUGUUCGGUGGAGGCUUUCCAGGCGCUGAAAAUCCAUUUGUAAAUUUUUCCUCCGAGGAAAAAUUUACACAAGACAUCGAUCAUGUUGUCUCGGUCAGUCUAGAGGAUUUAUAUAAUGGAAAGGACAUAACCAUCGAGCACGUUCGAAAAGUUAUAUGCGGCACUUGCAACGGAAAGGGUGCAAAACCACCAUACAGCCCCCAAGUUUGCAGUGUUUGCAAUGGCACUGGACAGCGGGUAACAACGAGGCAUCUGGGUGGUAUGUAUCAACAGACAAUCAACCAAUGUAAUGCCUGCUACGGAAAAGGUGAAACCAUCCCUUCUUCUCACUUGUGCACCGAAUGCGGCGGCUCCAAAAUUGUCAGUAGGGUUGUCAGGAAGUCUAUUAAUAUUCCGAGAGGCUCGCGUUCCGGCGAAGCAAUUGUGUAUCCAGGAGAAAGCCAUCAAGUGCCAGGUGCAAAAUCUGGAGACCUUCGCAUAUGGAUAGAGGCCAAGCCCCAUCCUGUGUUUAAGAGACUAAAAAAUGAUGGCCUGCUUGUUGAGCACACGCUUCCUUUGACCAAUGCGCUCUCCGGAUACGAAUUCGGUAUCAAGACCUUAGAUGGAAGGCAGCUUAUAUUAAGGGAAGUGAGUGGAUCAGGUAAAGUCAUUAAGCCAGGGACUAUUAAGAUGAUUCCAGGAGAGGGCAUGCCGUCCCGGAAAACGGGAUAUAGUGGUAAUUUAUACGUUCGGUUUAACGUAGAAUUUCCAGAUGCCUAUAUGUUACCGUCUGAAAGUGUCAAAAGCUUAAGCACAUUGCUAAAACAAGUCAGUUUCGUACCGAAAGCGGAAAAGUUAACCGACCUUCCUCCAGGUGCCACUCUGGCAAGAGUUGUAGAGGCGCCUCCUGGCGUUGUGCUAGAGGAAGAGGUUUCAGACAUACCAAAUUCCGGAAAGCGCAGGCGGUCAAGAACCUCGCAUUCUAGUCAAGAACAACAGUGCACUCAAAUGUAGAGUGUACAAAGUACGUGUUGAUAGUGUCGAAUCAGUCACUCUAUUCAAGGUGUCUCUAGAAAAUCUAUUCUUGGCAUUGAUGCCAAAUUUUGUGCUAAAAGCUAAAUGCGGUAUCUUCAUCAGUAUUCUAUUUCUACAAGCGAUUUGUGCGCCAUCAAAAAUUAAAUUCUCCUUUACGUAGAUGUAGAAAUGUGAAACGUCGACGAGCCAUACGACAAGGCAAUCUCUGUUUUUGUAUUAGUUUGUUUUCACGGCUAAGGUGUCAUGUAACACAAGGCAUGACGAUGGUUUUGUGACGCGAGUGCAUUGCAUCAAACAGCCCUUUGCGACAGCUGAAAAAAGAGGCAUGCGAUUAAAACAUGCUGUUUCUUCUAGUUGGAGGGUAGCAGAA